CGCGUUGGUCGCGGCGUCCGUGUCCAGAGUGCAGGAAGAGAGGGUGGCGGAAUCGCCAGGCGCCAUCACGCGGGGCCACCGCGACCGUCGUCUGAAGGGCCGUCCAGCCAGUGGCCGCGAUCUCGAUUCACCGAAAAGAUGGUCAUGAUGGCUGGCAUGGACGACCACGAGCGAAAAGUCGUCCUCGAGUUCUGCCACCUGCUCGAGAAAAGCAAGCAGCUGUUCAACGGGCUACGGGAUUUACCACAGUACGGGCACAAGCAGUGGCAGGGUUACUUCGGGCGCACCUUUGACAUCUACACGAAGCUGUGGAAGUUUCAACAGCAGCACAGGACGAUACUGGACACGAAGUACGGCCUGAAGAGGUGGCAGAUCGGUGAAAUCGCGAGCAAGAUCGGCCAGCUCUACUACCAUUACUACCUUCGCACCAGUGAGACUUCGUACCUUCACGAGGCCUACUCGUUCUAUGCGGCGAUUCGCGGCCGCGCUUACUACAGCCGUGCCGCCAAGGAGGAUAGGAGCGACCUGAUGGUGAAGAAGCUCAGGUACUACGCCCGUUUCAUCGUCGUCUGCCUGCUGUUGAAUCGUAUGAAGCUCGUCCGUGAAUUGGUCCAAGAGUUGGACGUCCAAAUCGUUGAUUACACCAGCACCUACGAACCGGACGAUCAACUCGAGUGGAAUUUAGUCCUCGAUGAGAUCAAGGCGUUCGUGAAGGCCGAGACGGCCGUCGGAGUGGUGCAGUUGGACUCGAACCCGGUUAUACUGACCCACAGGUUGGGGCCCCAGACCUCGCCGCCAGUCGAACGUACGCCACCCAUGUGCCUAUCCCUGCAGGAGAUCCUGAUCGUUGGCAAUUGCGCCGACCAGGUGAAGUUCAGUGAAUUGUCGAUGGACAUGUUCAGGAUGCUACAAACGCUGGAGAGGGAGCCAAGGGACGACCCUAAUCACCUGCACGAUGCGUCGCCGGCAGGAAGGAUGCCAUUCAGGCCUGGCGCGUAUCCUGGUGCCGAGAACGGUGCCCCGAGGCGAGACAAUCCACACAAGUACCUGUUGUACAAGCCCACCUACAGCCAGGUACAGGUAUUCCUCGCGAGCGGCUUCAAAGAGCUGCCCGCGAACGGAGCGCUGUUGCUCUACUUGUCCGCCGACGGCUGCUUCUCCACCGUCAAGCAUCCGGAAGAAAUGGGGUACGACCUGGGUGGCGUGUCCACGUGUAGCAAAAGGGACCCGGAACACGGGAAGAGGCCGACAGGUGGCAAGGAACCGCACUGCCUAUACCCGGGUGACCUCUAUCCAUUCACAAGGAAACCGCUGUUCGUGGUCGUCGAUUCGGACAACAGCUUCGUGUUCCAACAGAUACCUCGUUAUUUCGGACAACCAUUGAUGGUGCUGAUGUCGCCCCAAGACACGCCGUCAACGUUGCGCGACGUUCGACACGGUGGAAGCCUGUUCACUCUGUUUCUCCACGCCCCCCUAGCCGCGUUUUGCCUUAUAUGCAACAUCGGCAACCUGGCCGUGCACCACUGGGAGCGGUGCCAGCGUUACAUCGAGCGAUUCCUCAUCGAGGCUUGUCAGCUCGUCACGCGCUCCAGAUGCGAAACCAGCGUGUUGCAAUUCUUCGGCGACGAUUUCCUACGACUGUUGCUGGUGCGCUACGUGUUCUGCGACGUGGUGUUGAAUCUGCACCGGUCGUUCAGGGGUCGACAGCAGAGGCCCCGUUGCCAUCCACCGUUGCCGGACGCGGAGGUCCUCGAGCAUCCCACUCUUCAUCACCUGGUGCUCGAUCUGGCCGCCUGUCUUGACUGCCGCGACCAUUUCCCGGACAGCAACGAACUCGCCUGACCCAGGCAUCUUUCCUGCCCGGCCCCCCAUGAGUCCACAUCCCUGUUGCCGCCGUACAGCCACGACUACGAUUACAAUUACUGUAACUACAAUUGCAACAAUAAAAUCGUUACACUGAGACCUCAUUAAACCGCGUCUAAACAAAAAAAAAAAAAAAAAAUAAAAAAGAUUUAAAAAAAGAAAAGAAAAGGAAAAGAGAACGAGGAUAAGAAAGAAAAUGAGAAUCGGAGGGGUUGAAACAAAAAAUAUGUACGUGUGUAUGUAUAGGAAAGGAAGAAAAAGAUAAAUGAUAAGUGAAGAACGGAAGAAAUCACGUGUGUACAGUCCACGUGCACGUGUAUCGUCGUUCGAUAAAUCACGGGGAUUAAUUGGCCGCUCGUGUUGGAUAUCGUCGACGCCGUCUCAGGGUAACCCGGCGUCGUACUUUUCGUUCUACCAUCGUUGUUCUCGUCGUCUGUUCGUCGAUGAUCUUUCGAUGACUUCUGGAUUCUCCUUGUCAAUAGGUAUUUGUCGAUUGGAAGGUUGAAAAAAAAAACACACGACGCCGGGUAACGACGCGUUUUUCUCUUCUCUGCACGCGAAGAAACGUGCGGAUACAGAAGAGGAAGUGUUAAAGAAGGUGGAGGAGCAGGAGGAGGAGAAUGAAACGAACGAGCGAAGAAAUUAUAUUCGUGGCUUCGUGUUUCUCCUUUUAAGGACUCGUUCUAUGUUAAUUGCGACACACCGCUGCCAGUUUUUUGCUACGGACUAGUAAACGAAACACAAAACAGAGAAAAAAGUCUAUAUGUAUAUAUAUAUAUGUAUAUGUAUAUAUAUGUAUAUAUAUAUAUAUGUAUGUAUAUGUAUAUAUAUGAACAUACAAAUAUAUAUAUAUAUAUAUAUAUAUAUGAAAUAUAUAAUAUAUUCUGUCACUGCGUCGAUGGUAAAAAGAAAAAAAAAAAACAAAAAAAAAUUUGAACGAGAAAGAUAAAUAAUUAUAAUACGUAUGAAAGAGAGAGAUAUUGUGAUUCUCAAGUUGUAUGUAUAGACGAACGGAGGAGUGAAUUUAUACGCACUGGUGCUUUGUACGAUUUUAAGAAGCUUUUAGCGUGUCGUCGAAUGACUCGGUUCGGUUUUUCCGUGUUUUACGGUUUUCCGUUCGGUUCUCGGUUUUCGAUUAUCUAUUCGGAUCGCAGGCCACGCACCCUCCCAAGCCUUCUCUGUCUCUUAAAAAAGAAAAAGAAAUGGAAGAAAGAUGAAGAAGAUUGAAAAGAAAUGAAAACAUGUUGAAAUUUACGGUGAUUAAUCAAUUUAUAGAGAAAUAAAGGGAAUUUCGUUAUUUGAAUAUAUGUAGAAUACUGUGAAUGCAUUUUACGGUUUCUGGGUAUCAAAUUAGGACCACACGCAGAAGUUUCACAUAUGCUAUAUCGGAUAAAUAAUAAGUUGCCUUUGAUUGUCCAAAUUAUUAAUAAUUGUAAGUAUAUAUGUAGAUAAUUAUGUACAUGUAAAAAUUAAUUUAUUUAAUUUAUUUGAUUUAUUCAACUUAUUCAAUUUAUUUAAUUUUUACUAGGUCACAUCGGAGAAUAUUUGUAUUUCCAUGAUCGGACAGUUUAUUUGGCUUCAGUACUAUUGAAAAUAUUUGAAAUCUGAUCAAAUCACUUGUUUACCUAUUGUUGACCACUACAUUAUUCAACUUGAAAGCUUUAAGUGGUCCUAAUUCCAUCAUCCGGGACUGUAGAACCAUUCGGACCGCGAAUUAUGCCAUUACGCAGUAAAUCUAUAUCCAACACCUCUCACGGUACAUACAUAUACAUAUGCAGUAGCUCACAAAAGUAUUUGAAUACUUAUAAAAGUACGUGAUGCAUAAAACAUUCCAAAAUUUCAUUAGCAUUGUAACUAGACACGAUUGACGUAAUUAUCUUGAUAAAAUUUGAAACCAAUCUGAAAAUGUACAUAGAAGUUACAAGAUAUUCAUUGCAAUCAUAUAUGUAUAUAUAUAUUAAAAAUUUAGUAUACAGCAUGAAUAACCAUCAAACAUGUAAUAAGCGUUAAAGAUGGUUCCAUUGUAUAUUGAGGUUUAUUAAUGUAAUGAAUAAUUGACUGUUUAUUAAAUACCUUUAUGACCUCUGCGAAAUAUAUAUUUGCACUAAAUGUCUUUUAACUUUCAUAUACAUAUUCAGAUUUAUAUUUAAUUUUUCAAUAUGAUUAUAAUAGUUGGAUCUCAUUAGAGUGCUGUCAAAGUGUUUUGCAUAACACACAUAAUAGAUUCAUAAAAGAUUUCUACAAGUAUCGGAAUUUUUUCGUGAGCUACUGUGCAUACACAUACAUAAUAUAUGCGUACUUUAUUGUAGAAACGCGGGUCCGAGACUUUGCGAUUCUAUUUUCGCUGAUGUGUCCGCGAAGCACAGGUUUUCCGGCGCUUUUUCUCCCAUCCUUUUCUUUCUCUCUCUCUCUCUUUCUCUCUCUAUUCGUUCUCGUCUCGUAAUCGUCACCCACGCAGACAACGUCUCUUUCUAUGGCUAUCCACCUGUUUUUCCCUGUUUGUUUCUCCCAUUGUUAUAUAAUUCCCUCUCGCGCAAGGUGUUUCCGGUUUUUCCGGAUAAACCGAGGGCAAAUAAUCCACCAGUAAAAAUGCGUAAAAUAUAUUUGCAGAAAAUUAUAUAUACACAUGUCAAAUUUAACUGUAAACAUUUUAUCGCGAAGUUUUAGGUUUCUUUUCUUUUAUUAUGUACGCUACCAGACAGAAAUUUGGUAUCAUUUUUCUUCUAAUUGCAAUUAUGUAUAUCGAAUUUUCUGCUAAUCUUCUAAUUAAUUUGAAAUUAGCAGCUUCUAAACUGCGGAUUUCUAUGAAUACAACUAAAUAAUUAUUAUUUAUUUCUUUUAUAUAGAUCUAUUUUAAUGUUAUAGGUCGUUGAAUCUGUCCACAAAUUGGCUACAAUAUUGCAAUAAAUUAAACUAAUAAAAAGCGGAUGUUAAUAUCAGUGAUCUUAAACAAGAAAAAUAGCAGCGUUGAAGAUAAUAUUUAAAAGGAUCUUUUUAUCAUCAUAGGAUAUUAUUAAACAUGCUCAAACUAUGCAAUCAUCACCAAAAAACUGUUUUUAUAUAUUUUCAUUAUCAAUGAAAUUACAAGUGGAACGCCCGGUAUAUAAUUUUCCUACAAUAUUAUCAUAUUUCUUACUUUCAUGUUUUCCUAUUUUUUCUUUCUUUCUUUUGCUUAACCGCCCAAUUUCAUCUUGGCCAUUUCACGCUUGUUGUCUUCCUCCUCCGUUCAUUUCGAUUUUCCCGUUCACAGCUCUGCACAGUGGCCCGCCGACGUCACAAAGUGCCAACCGCGAGGCUCGUUUAUUUAUAAGCAAAAAGUAGAGCGACCAGAACGCGAGAAAGAGUGGCUCUCAUUGAGUCGCCGAGAUGACGAUUCGCCGAAUUGAACUUGCUCUCUCCUAUAUGACGGACAAUUUAGCUUACGGGAUGAAGGGACAAAUGGAAGACUAAAAAUCAUAGUGGUUGUAAGUACGUUUGCUAUAAUUUACUAAAAAAUCAGUUAUAUUUUUUCAAAUAAUAAGAAAGCACAGAAUGCAUGCAAUAUGUAAAAAUACAUAGGAUAUGUAAAGUACUUGUUAUAGUAUGUGAAGCAAAUUUCUACUUAAUUGUAUUUAUAUUAUAAAAAUAUGAAUCUGCAAUUAUAUAACUUAAUUAAGUAUAAAACCAAAAAAAUGAUACAUUUAAAAGUUGAAGUACAUAUUAGAUUCAAAUCCUCAAAAUCUUGACUUACGCCACUAUGAUUUCCAUUUUUAAAUAGCUGUAGAGAAAGAAAAGAAAAGAGUAAACAAAGAAGAAAAGGAAGAUAAAGGAUCGAGAUGAAAAACGAAACAAGUUCAUUUGUGUUCGUGUGUAUAUAGAAAAUACUAUGUACAAUCUAGUCUUUAUAAGAAAACGAGAGGAAAAGAUAAAAAAUGGAGUUAGAAGGAAAAAAACGAGGGAAGACGGAGAAGGGCAACGACUUGAGAGCAGAGUAAUAGCAGUUUCCUCGGACGAACGUUUGUCGAGUAUUGUUGUGUUUAAAACUAUACAGAGUGCCCCAAGUUUUUCUACAAAACAAAAAUGUUCUACGAGCAAAACUAAAAAAAAGCCAUAAAUAUAGGUUAUUUAAAAUUAAAAAGUUGUAAUAAAAAUUUUAAUUUUAUUUCAUCUCAAUGAACGAAUUAACUGUUUCUAUCAGUUCACCACAUGUACUACUAUUUGAUUGAUAUAUCUUUCUUCUUUAAAGUUAUUCAUAUCUAAAAGCUCAAUAGUAUGCUAUUGCAGACCAAAAUAUUAUUCUUUUUUGAGUAUUUCACAUUUCUACUAUACGUUUUUAAUGAAGCGGUAAAUGAUCUAUAUAACAUUCCUUAUUCAUAGAAUAUAUAAAAAUUAUGAACAUUGUUUUGCAUGAAAAAUCUGGAAUACUGUGUAUACAUGAUUCGCGGUCACUGUAUCAUAACACAUAUACAUGCACACGAAAUCUCUGUCUAUCCUCUAUGUUUUGCAAGAAACGAAAAGGAAACGAGAAAUAAAGAAAGCGAGAUCCAGAAGAACGUACGAAAUACGUCCAUGUCCUAUUAUCGCGGAUACGACGAUUAACGCAGAAGAUUCUACAUUUACCGUUUAUAAUGACCAGCAUUAUUAAGCGAGCAAUGUACCCGAUCACAUAUAUGCAUACUUGAUAUCAGAGACCAUACGAUUAUCAAUCUCUAUGAUAGUCCUCUGGUUCCUGGGUGUCAUUUAAUUCUACCAUUUAAUAGCCGAGUUUAUUUCUUUGCUCUUUUAUGUCUUACUGUUAAUUUCAUUAUAAACUGCCGUUAUUACAUAUUAUUAUGUUCUUGAGAAUAUUCAAUCUCUUGUUUUAUUAUCGAAGAGAAGGAUUUUUGAGGGAAAUAAAACUAAUUGAGGAAACUUUUUUGAUAAAAAGGGUCUAUAGGUUUAUGUCAAAUACAUAUACUUCCAGUUAUAGAUAUUGAAACACUUACAUGUUAUAUUUAUUGAAAAAAGUUUAACACAUUUUACUUUCUUACAUUAUAUUUUGAUAUAAUUAUAAACACAAACGUAACUAAUAUUUAAAAAACUAGUCACUUUGUUAUUUAAUCAAUUCACUAUUUUGUCUUCUGGACCCUUUUUCAACAAGGCUCCUUAAUUAUAAAAUUCAUUCUCGAUGAACGAACAGAGUAUAUUUAAGUAUAUUUAAGAUUAAUAUAAAAGAGUUAUAAAAAUAGUAGUUGAAUGAGAAAGCAUAUUUGGUGAUUCGUAUCACAAGUAUUUUUGCAUAUAAUUGGCGAAUACAUAAGUAGAAGAUUUCUAAAGUCUUCUUGUAAUAUUGUAAAAAUGAUAUUUUAUAAAUUAAUAAGUAAGAAUCUUUCAUAAGUAAAAAUCUGCCUUUCUAUACAAGAUGUUUUAUAACAUAGGGAACUAUGUAGCUUUAAUGGUAGAUAGAGGACACGAAGGAAUGAGAAAAGUUUGCAUAAAUAUGUGCCCUGUUUAACCUUUUCCUCGAAUCAUAGUCAUUUUUGUAUAUCAAUAAUGUACAGCUGCUUAACCAUAUGGGAAGUCACUUUCAACCUAAAUUCAAGCCUGUGGUUGUCAUAUUAUAGCGCCGUUACACUGGAUUACGUGAUUGGUAUUAGAAAAAAAAAUCUAUUUCUUUAAUCGUUAAUAUUAACUAUAUAUAUCGCUAAGUUUAAUUUGCAUUAAUGUCGAAAUGUAUCGAAAUACUGUAGUUUGUCUAUAUGUCAAAAGUUUCCCAAUGUUUAUGCAUUUUUUAAAUUUACUAAAUUUAUUAAAUAUUUGCUAUUAAGUUUAAAUAUACAAAAAUAUAAGGAAUCUACAUGAUAUACAAAAGUGUCUAAAGUAUUCUUUUCUCAUUGCUUUUUAUAGAGAUACAAAUUUGCAAUAACUGUCCACAGUCUACUCAUUAAUAAUUUAAUAUGAAAAAAGCUAGAACUUAAGUACAAGGACAAACAGGGUUCGCGUUUACACCAACUUUUUUUCAUUGUUUUCGCGACUACAUCCACCAUCGAACGAGGUUCCACGUGUUACAAAACACCCCUGUAUCAUUGUUAAUUAUAGUACAGGAACGAUAAAUAUUUUUCUCACUUGACAUUCCUAUGCUAUGGUGUACUAAAACGGCAGAAAUCUCCUAAAAAUAUUCAGGACUUACUAUUAACUCGAAUAACUACCUGCAUUAUUUCAGAACACUAACAUCUUUCAAUUUUUAUAAUUCUUGUAAUAUUUACAUGUUUCUUUAAUUAAAAAAAUUAAUCAUUAUUAAUGAUAUUUCACCAUGAAAAAGAAAUCAUAAUUAAUAAUAUUUCACCAUAAUUCUUCGAUCAACUGUACUAACACUAUACUAAAUAGUAUUAAACGAAUUGGCUGAAAGAGUAUAUACUAAAAGAUCGACGUUUACACCCGGAAGCCAGGACUAUCCGUAGAAACAGCCAAGCGUAUAAAGAGCCAAGAGAAUCAUGUUGAACGCAAUGUUCGCGACUUUAUUUUACCCAUCGACGGAAACACGCGAGAGGAAGACGACGUGGCUCCAUGAUCGAGUGCCAAGUCAUGACAUAAUCAUCAAAUUUGCACGCUCGAUCAUUCUGCGCGACGACUCUCAUAAUUACGGCACAAUAUCUACGAUCCUCUACGUUUCUUUCAUGAAUCCGUCAUAAUAUACACUGCUAGUCAUAAGUACAUAUUAAAAUACCUACUUAUAUUUAAUACAAAUUAGAUACUUUUCGUCUUUCCUAUUUUUUAAUUAUUUUAUUAUAUGAUUAUCAUAAUCUAGAUUGCAGAUUUGCAUGCAUUUAUGGAAAAUUUUAUUGUAGAAAAAUGUACAGAGUGUAUAUAAUAUGGGAAGAUAUAUCAAAUUUCUAAUGUAAUCUUCCCAAUGUAACAUUUAGAAGGUAAAACAAAUUUUUACUUAUAAUUAAGUACAAUUUUUAUAGUUGCAUUCAAAUAUGAAAAAUAUGAAUUCGCAUAAAACACCUUAACCUAAUUAUUAUAAUUAUAACAUAUAAUUAUAAUACAAUAUAAAACCUCAAGUAAACCAAAAUUUGUUAGAGUUUUCCAAUAAUUGUAAUAAAUAGGUGCCCUAACAUUUAUGGCUGGCAGUGUAGCUUCGAUAACUCUGAUUCACGCGCCAUCGACAUCUGGUGAUCGUCGAUUAUUCUUCACAAAAGAUUUUGGAUCGGUGUUUCGUUCGAUUAAACGUUUUGUUCGUCCACUUCGUCUGGUUCGAUUCGUUAACUGCUCCAAAUAGUUCUGUUGGAUCUCGUGUUCUUUCGUACCAAUUGUUUUGUUUGAGUUUCAUCAGGUCGGGUUGUUUAAUGGAUGCGAUUAGUGGAUGAACCCGCGUUUCGAUGAUUUUUAAGAAAAAACGAGAAUGUGAAUGGGAUAUUGUAAAUGUAACGAGAAAGUGCUUUGUCGAAUACUUUAAGGAUAUAUUGUAAAAUAUUAUGGGUAAAGCGCGUUUUAAUAAUUCUGGAAAGAAAAAGAAAUGUAAGAUAUGCGAGUUUCUUGAGUGAUUUCGUUAAAAACAGCAACGGAACCCUACGACAUAAUUCGAGAAAUUGUUCGACGAUUCAAGAAGGCAAGAAAUAGAAAAAAGGUAUUAGUAUCCCCUCUUUGAA